ACUAAAAACGUGGGAAAAAUAAUUGAAUAAAAUUCUGAAUUCUAAUUAUUCAUUAAAAUUUUAAUUUAAACUAAACAAAUAUUAUUUAAGUAGUACAUUUAUGAUGUCAGAACAAACAGAACCAGUGUCUGAGAUUGGAACAGAAAUGUUGAAAAACCAGGAAAAUACUAAUGUUAGCGAAGAGUAUGCUUAUUUGGACCGCGGUGGAUUCUCUUCAGAGAAGUUCAAAAUUGAACUUCGAGGAUUACCCAAGUUUUAUGGGAUAGCAGAACUGAAAAAACUCAUGAAUAAUAAACUUGGGUUGAACACAAGUAAAAUAAAAAGACCUAAGAAUGGAAGUCACUGGUUGUAUGCAUGUUUUCAAAACGAUGAAGAGCGAACUAAAGCCAUUGCAGCACUGAAUGGAUACUCUUGGAAAGGGAAAACAUUAAUAGCUGAAGAAGCAAAACCAGCACCUGACCCAAUCGUCAGAAAGAGAAAGCAGGAUGAAGAAGGGCCACUGCACAAGAAGAAGAAGGAAGAUGAGAACAAGAGCCAAGAAGAGAGGUUGAAAGAGGCAGUUACACCAUACUGGAAUAUGCCAUAUGACCAACAGAUUAAGCUAAAGGAAAAAGAAGUAAAGAAUCUGCUCAUGAAAUUUGACAAUGAAGUGUGGAAAAUCCAUAAAGAGAAAAGAAAUGAAAUUGAAUCCAACCGCAAAAUACAUAAUGGCUUAAGUUUUGAGUUAAAACCCAUUCAGAAGUCCCCAGUAACUGAGAGUUACAGGAAUAAGUGUGAGUUCACUGUUGGUAUUGACGAGGAGUCACAGAAGCCCACAGUUGGGUUCAGGUUGGGAAGCUAUGUUACUGGGACUACGGGCGUUGCGCCAGUUGGUAGCUUGAAACAUAUCUCUGAGAAAAUGAAAAAGGCUGUUUUGCUAUUCCAAGAGUUUGUCCGUCAAUCGAACAUGUCGCCGUUCUCGCCGGCGGACUAUUCGGGCUAUUGGCGAUAUCUCACUGUGCGAGAGUCCAAGCACUCUGGUGACCUCAUGCUGAUCAUUGCUAUGCAUCCACAGAAUCUAACAGCAGAGGAAUUGGAAGAACUCAAGAAAAAGCUGAUAGACUAUUUUAGUAGUGAAGAGUCAGUAGCCUGCAACAUCAAAUCCUUGUACUUUGAGCUUCUCACUAAAAGGCGAGUUGGUGAGGACGGGUCAAAGCCUUCCCAUUUGAUGGGAUCAACUCAUAUCAUAGACACGAUAUUGGGACGACAGUUCAGGAUAUCACCUGAGGCUUUCUUUCAGAUAAACACAGCCGGCGCCGACAUUCUGUACCAGAGCGCGAUAGACAUGAGCCAGGUUCGAAGCAGUACCACAGUCGUGGACAUUUGCUGCGGCACCGGCACUAUUGGACUGUGUUUCGCUAAGCAUUGCGACAAAGUGCUCGGCUUGGAGCUGGUCGCGGAGGCCGUCAAGGACGCGAAGGCGAAUGCGGAACUAAACAACAUAGAUAACUGCGAAUUCUUCACGGGGAAGGCGGAGGACGUGCUGCCGUCAGUGUUGGCGCGCGUCACGAGCGAUGACGUCAUCGCUAUCGUGGACCCGCCCAGAGCUGGACUGCACAUGCGUGCAAUCACUCAACUCCGCAACACAAGGAAAGUGAAACGCCUGGUAUACAUAUCGUGCAGCCCGGCGUCUGCCAUCAAGAAUUUCGUGGACCUUUCGCGGCCUUCCUCCAAGACGCUAAGAGGCGCGCCGUUCGUUCCCGUCACAGCGGUCCCUGUUGAUAUGUUCCCAUACACUAAGCACGUUGAACUGGCCAUACUGUUCGAAAGAGAGCAAUCCAAUGAAAAAGUCAGUGAGGCCCAAGAAGAACAAAUAACAGAAGACACCAAUGGCGCCGAUGAAGAACAAGCAGCAGAAGAAAUUGCUUCAAGUAAAGAGGAAUCAAUAGAAAAUAAUGAUUUAAGUACAAAUGAUGAUGUACAGACUUAAUAUAAUUAUUUUAACAUUAAAUAAAUGUUUUUAUAUUUG